AUGAUCUUCAAAGAGCCAGACUUUGCCAUGCACGCCGGUGCAGUGGGCAUGCGAGUCAUGGCUGAUGGAAAGUGCAAGAACUUCGACAUCGUGCCAGACUACCGAAUGAACAUUGGAUCCAUCUAUGUCCCAUGCCCAGGCGAGUCCACACAAGAGAUGAUGUGCUCCAUGUACACCGACCCCCUCUGCCGCGACGAAAUGUUCACCUUCACUCGUCCCCACAUGCAAUUGAAGAAAAAGUCAAGCCAGCGCGACAUCGGCAGCAAUGUCCGCAGCAUGAAAUGCAUGGCCAUUGAGUCUCCGCAGGACAGACAAGGCCGCAUCUUCAACAGCGAUAAUGCCUCCACCAUGAACCCGAUCAGGUGCCCGAACGACACCUGUUCUUCGGAGAUGCCCUGCUGGUCAAUGCAGCCAGCGUACGGCAUGUACUGCUCCCCGAGCUCCAAGACCUGCCAGCGUCUCGCGGUGACCGGCGAGGCCUGCAAUGAGAAUGUCCAGUGUCACGAGACCGCUAGCUGUGUCAAUGGAAAGUGUGCCAGUGUUGCGGAUCACUUACGCUGCCCUAAUGGAUCUGAGUGUCCCUCCGGCAUGGUAUGUCGUCCUCUCCGUGUCAUGAACGUCUUUGGAAUGACUACUGUUGAGAGGGUCUGCAUGGACAACAAUGAUUCCCGUGGCGCAAUGUGUUCCGCUGGAAUGGGCUGUAACAAUGCACUUCAGUGCAGUCUUCAGUGGCAGUAUGACUCGUACUGUGAGCCCAGUGGAAGGUGUGCUAUGAAGAAUGCCAAGUUAUAA